AAACAACUUUGCCAUUUUGCCCCACAAAAUAUGACUCAAAACGUCAUUUUGUGGCCCUUUUCCAUCUGGAAAAAAAAAUAUUCCUACUGAUAGCAACAGAGGAACCUCAGCUCCACAGCUACAGCAGAGCAGCCUGUCCAGCCUCUGAACGUGCCUCUCCAGACGCACGCUGGUGGCCAGCGCAUUACACAGACGGCGAUGUGGCGGUCAGUCGCUCAUCAGUGCACCGCGCAGAGCAGUUUCCCCCCUCUUAAACACCCCAUCUCUGCUCCCUUUUGUCCCGUGUCCUCUUGUCCUCUAGACACAGGGGAGAUUUCGCAUUGCACUCCGUGUCGGCGCAUCCCGCAAGUCACGUCUCGCCGUGUGGCUUCCCUGAGUCUCCUGGUGGCAGGUGUCCCGGUGCGUCGUCGUCCUAACACCGGACAAGUGAGCUGUUGCUUUGCGCGUCGCUGAACGUCUCUGCAGCAAAAACCGGACUGGAGAUGGUCCCAUGUUCAACUACCGGCGGCGUUCAGAGGUUAGACUCUCAGUCAACAGAGGGUCACAGCCACAAACGCAUCAGCCAGCCUCCUCCUGCCUCCUGCCUGCCGAGAGUCGUCUGUCUGCCUGCAUUCAUCUAACCAGCGGUGAAGACAGACGGGAAACUUACACUGUAGUGGCACUGCCUGUCUGUGUGUGUGUGCGUGUGUGUGUGUGUGUGAGAGAGUGUGUGAGUGUGAGUGUCAGCGCUUCAGUGCCUUUCCCUCAAGCCUUCUACUCUCAGUGUGUGUGUGCAAUGAUGUGUAGUCGUGUCAAGGUGGAGAGUUAAGAGGAAGACGGGACCCGUUCAAGUCAGCAAAACCGAGCCAGCUGCUGCGUAUGUGUGUGUUAGUGCUGAGCAGUCCAGCACGUGAGACAGUGUGUGUGUGUGUGUGUGUGUGAGGGGCUAAGUGUGGACCAGGCUAUGAGUGUGUCUCAGAGGUAGAGGCCGUUCGAUGCUGAGUUGAGCUAAGGGAGCAGAACAGGAGAAUCUGAAAGAGGAGCAGCUAUGGGGCUCGGACAGUCCAGCAAGGCUCCGGUCACCGAGGACACAGACGAUGUGAAUUUCGACCACUUCCAGAUCCUGAGGGCUAUAGGAAAAGGAAGCUUCGGAAAAGUCUGCAUUGUACAGAAGAAGGACACGAAGAAGAUGUACGCCAUGAAGUACAUGAACAAGCUGAAAUGUGUGGAGCGGAACGAAGUGAGGAAUGUCUUGAAAGAGCUGCAGAUAAUGCAGAACCUUGAACAUCCUUUCUUGGUCAACUUCUGGUACUCCUUCCAGGAUGAGGAGGACAUGUUUAUGGUGGUGGACUUGCUCUUGGGAGGAGACCUGCGCUAUCACCUCCAGCAAAACGUCCACUUCUCAGAGAGCACCGUCAAACUCUACAUCUGUGAGCUGGCCCUGGCUCUGGGAUACCUGCGUACCAAGCGCAUCAUACACAGAGACAUCAAACCUGACAACAUACUGCUUGAUGAGCAUGGUCACGUGCAUCUAACAGACUUCAACAUCGCAGCCAUUGUAAAAGAAGACCUAAAGGCAACGUCCAUUGCUGGGACCAAACCGUACAUGGCUCCUGAGCUGUUUCAGACCUUCCAGGGGUCCCAUCCUGGCUACUCCUUCUCUGUGGACUGGUGGUCGCUUGGCAUCACUGCCUAUGAGCUACUAAGAGGACAGAGACCGUAUGUGAUGAGGUCCAGCACACCGGCUAAUGAGAUUCUUCAGACCUUCCACAAGGUCCAUCCCAGUUACCCAGCAGCCUGGUCUCUGGAGAUGAAGUCUCUACUCAGAAAGUUGCUGUGCAUAGAUGUCCAGAAGCGCAUUUCCUGUCUAGCAGAGCUACAGGAUCUGGACUACAUGUCAGAUGUCAACUGGGACGCUGUGCUCAGCAAACAGCUUCCUCCAGGCUUUAUUCCCAAUAGGCGAAGGCUAAACUGCGACCCAACGUUUGAGCUGGAGGAAAUGAUCCUGGAGUCCAAACCACUUCACAAGAAGAAGAAAAGGCUUGCAAGGAAAACCAAGGACCAGGGAUCUGAUGGGUCCCCGCAGAACGGUCAGUUGCAGCAGAGAUUGGAUAAUGUCCAGAGAGACUUCAUUGUUUUCAACAGAGAAAAGUCGAAGAAAGCAGUGGUGGACUCAGACUCGUCUGAGCUGUCCACGAGUGAGAAGAACAAGGCAAUAGAGGACGGACAGAACAACAAUGUUGAACCGGCUUCCUACUUAUCAGGAUAGGUCUCAUAACCCGAGAUCCCUACGCAGUCCCUUAUCACUUGCACCUGCCCACAGCUUGUAGAUCAGCAAUUUACACGCGGACACCUAUUGUUCUAUCAGCACAGGCACUCAGAUCCAGUCUUCAAUGUUCCUGCACCACUACAUCGUCAAUACAACCACAAAUGCUGUAUGCACUUGUGCUUCACUGUUCACCCACAAAAACCACAUCAAGAGCUCCAGAACUGCAGGAGUGAAACAGACUCCUAGAGCAGCAGCCAUGCCAGACGCAGGCUUUUCGCUUUUCCUGUCACUAAGAAAAAUGACUCUCAGAAGAGUGUCACUCAUAUCAUGUUCCCUUACAUCACUCUGGUGCUCUAAGGUCUGCUCAACCUCCACUUUGGGCAGUGUGCUGAAGUGAAGAGGACGUCACUCCCCUGCCAAACAAGGAGACAAUGCCACACCUGCUGAGCUGUUACAGGAAACAAAGUCUGGCGCGGUCAGCUAUGGCUCAACGCUGUAUGUACUGCUGCUGUCUUGGGCUGGACACUCAGAUUUUUUAAUCUCAGCGAUGCAUUUUCUGGUUGUUUAAUUAUAACAACGGUUCUCAAGUGCUACAUGAAAAUGGACUCAACGGGAAUUGGCACAAGGAGUUGGGUUGGCAACAUAUAUUGGGAAACAUACUUGAGUGGACAGCUUCGUCCCGUGGGAUUUACAUGACAGAUUUGAGCAUGACACUAAGAGUACAACACAUUAAAAGGGAGAGGUUAAAAUGAGGCCUUUGUUUUUAAAGAAAGCAACCACAGAUUCCUUUGAGAUAGAAAAUGAAGAGCUGAACUGUAGUAACUGUGUAGCUUGAGCGUGAAUGGCUCACUUUAUCAUAGCAGCAGAUACGUGGUUGUAGUGGUCAUUAUGCUUAGCUUUGCUAGUCAAGCUAACGAAGAUGGUAGGUUUGCAACAUUUGGUACAAUGUACUCAUCAGCUCAUUCAGCUGCAGAUAUAGGCAAUACAUGCUGCAAGUUUCCUUCACUUAAAUUAUUUUGACUAAAUACAGAAAUUUGAAAUGCAUUUAAAAAACAAUGGUUUCAAGGCUAUAAGAGGUUGCUAAAUUUAGACCACCAGCUUUGGUUAACAAAGCUCCGGGCACAACAAAAAGUAUGUGGUCCUUCUGAUGGUGCAAGCCUUUUUGUCAAUUUGGUUUUAAUCCUUUAAAACACUGACAUUUUGGACUAACCUUUGCCUCAAUCUGCAAAUGACCAGCUGGGUCUUCAAAUAAAGCUUUAUAGCUAUGGAAAUGUAGAAAAGGUAGAUGGUAGAUGUUAUAUGUUCUGCACUGAAACUGGCUUUGCACAUGCUUCUUCAUCAACUGUAGCAUUUAUGCACAGAGAGACAAAAAAAAUCUAAAGCUGUGAGUGACUACUUAUUCCCUUAGGGAUGGUUUUAUAGACAAGGAUUAAGCUGAGUCCUAGAUACGAUUUAUUUUUCACUUACUGUCUGCAUUGGAAUUUGUUUUGUUUUUUGUCAUUCCUUUUUUGUGUUGAAUACAACCAAUUACGUGUGCCACUAGAUAAGUCUGUAAAUCUUUGUUGGCAGUUAAUUGCUCCCAUAGCAGAAUAUAUUCUGUAACAACAAUCUUGUGCAGAUAUUCAGUAAUUCAGAACCACAGGAUAACACAGUGGGAAAAAUAUUGAUUUUCACAUUCAAAGUUGUUAGUAAGAAAACAAUGACAGAAACAAAUAAACACCAGGCCAGGCAAUACCCCUUGUUCAUACAGUAUGAUUUAAGAUUUACUGUAAGACAUAUCUAAGAAACCACACCUGCCUCUGAAGUUUAUAGAGGAAUGCCUUAUACCAUAGAUAUGGCACACAGUUGGUACCCUUAAACACUAUGUAUAGCUAGAAAAAACCUGAGCUUUUUUUUCAAAAUCAGUAAGUAAAUGUGAUUUCUACUAAUGUGUAGUCGUUCUAUUGACCUUGAUCUUAUCUAUCUGCAAUACGACUCAAUCCUUUCAAGUCUAUGAUACUUGUAAUUAUAUUUCAAACAUGUUUCACUCUAUUCAAUUCAUAACUGUUGGCACUUUUCUAUUGGAAAUUGGUACAAUGUUUUGACUUAACUUUGUGUUGUUGCUGUUGAUGUUGUUGUUGUCAUUGAUGUAAUUUUACAGAUCCAAAGGUGGUUUCCUGUAUACGUUGUAAAAUAGUGGGAUAGUUAAACAGAUUAUCCUGGUUCUACCUGGGGUAUAUUAUAGUUGUGAAUAAUUCUCUUACAGAUCAAUUGGGUUAAUUGCUGAAAACAUCUAAUGUGGCACAUUCAUACCUUACAAUUAGUGAUUGAUAAUAUAAUAAUUAACAAAUAGUAUUUGAUAUAGGAGUAGGUAUAUGGUAAUGCCAUUUUUCAACAAAACUUACCUACCUAAAAAGGAUAUUUAGUCUGGCAAAAAAUUUGUUCCACUCCUGUGAAUUUCACUCCUAUUAAGGUUUCCUCCUUCAAUUGUCACUGUGUGUUUAUUGUAUUUAAAUGUGAUUGAUUUGCAAACUAUUAAGGUGUGCCUUAAAUAAUGACUUUCUUUUUCUGAACCAA